GGUGAGAUAGAUGGAGCCGCAGCUGCGCGUCUGUUAAUACCAGCGCUCGACCCUCGACGUCCCCGCGCGCGCAAUUCUCUUCACUCACAUACACUCUCUCAAACUGAGCUCUCCUCGGUCGAGGCAGGAAGAUGCGAGCGGGGAUUUAGUUUCAGCGUCUUUUUCAGCCUUCAUCAGAUUAUUACCUUUCCUGAAACACAGGACGGAUUUACAAACGAAUAACAAGUUUUGAGUUUCCUCUUCUCUACAUGGAGUAGGAUGCAGAGUUACCCCAUUCUUGUGGAAAUAAAUUUGGAUAAGAAAACUCUCCAAUCUGUUGGCUGAUCAUCAAUGAGCUCAGUUCCGCACAGAACAUAACAAAAGUAUUUUUCAGUGAGGAAGCCCUGAUAGUUGGAGUUUUUAUAUUUGGAUAUGGCAGCAACUGAGGCCAAUGCCGAGCCUGUCCAAGCAGACACUGUGGAGACCAAAGCUGAGGUUGAAGCCACAAAUGAAGAGUCAGCCCCAGCUUUAACUGAGGAAACAGAGUCUACCACUGAGCCAACCCCUAGCACAGAGGCACCAGCUGAUAGCAAAACUAAGCCCGCCUCAGAGAAAAUAUGGGACUCUUUUUUAAACAAAAGUGGGCUUGGAAAAGUAAUGACAGGUAAGAAGAAGAAGGAGCAGCAUACAGGAUCCGAGGACACCGCGGGAGAGGAGCAGGAUAAGACCCCAAAUCAGAAUAAUCAAGGAGAUAAUGCAGAGCCUAAAGAACAGGCGUCCAGUCCGCCAGUAGAACCCGCUGAGGCUGCAGCUGAUGGCCAGGAUAUGGAAAAAGCACCAGAAAGUGAAGAGGCUUCCCAAGAGCAAAAGGCAGCUAGUGACAAGCCAAAGCAAGGAGAAAAGUCAAGUGUUAGGGACUUCAUCCGCAACCCUGUUGCUAAAAUUUUCUCCCACAAGAGCACAGAGAAAAAAGAUGGAACAGGAGCAGACCUACAACAAACUGCCCCCGUUCGGUCAAGAUCAUUAGACAGGCUCCAGGAUGCUGAUGCCAGCACAGUUGUGGCAGACCAAACAGAAGACCCUCAGGCUGCAGAUGAGCCAGACAAGGCUAACUCUCAAGCAGCCAAACACAUGAAACGCUGGCACUCUUUCAAGAAACUCAUGUCCCAAAAAAGUCACAAGAAAAGCACAGAUGAUUCCAAGGAUGUUGAGGAGGCAGAGGGAGCCAGUGUGGAGGGAGCAGGUGACAGCGCGACACUGGACUCCACCACAAAGUCAGAACAGACUGGGCAAAAACGGUGGAAGCUGAAGAGAUCCUGGACAUUUCAAGGUAUGAAAAGAGAUCCAUCAGUUGUUGGGAUCCACAAACCUAAGGAUAAAGAGACUUCCGAGGAAAAAAACGAAAAUGCUCCGGAGGAAGAACAGGCUGCGGAAGAUGUAAAGGUGACCGGCGAUGUAGAAACCCAGGAGAAGACUGAAGCUGAAGGUGAAGAGGAUAAAGGAGCAACUGCUACCACACAGCAUGCAAAAUCAGUGGACCAGCAUGCAAAUGAGAUCUGGACCUCUUUCAAAAAGCGAGUUAUUCCCAAAUCAAAAAGGGCAUCCGAUGCUGGCGGAGCAGAGGAGGAACCAGCGGGCGAGCAGGAGCAGACUGAGGAACCACAGGCAGGUAAAGACUCAGGCAAGACAGCCAAGGCAAAAAGGACACACUUCAACCGGGCUGUGUCACUAAAGAACUUCAUAAUGCGAAAGGGGAAGAGUACCAGCGUGGACAUGGGGGAGGGUCCCACAGCAAAGAAAGAUGGUGACGGUACCGCCGAGAGUGAAGCUAAAGACCUGGAUGGCCUUGAUGAUGCAACAGGGGCAACUAAUGUCCCACAGAGUGGAUCAGAGGAACAGACUGUAGCUCCAAGUGAGAGCAAUAACGAAGCUCAGGUGGCAAACGAGCACAAAAGUUCUGAUGGAGAGGAGAGGUCCCACACAGGUGAACCAUCUGGUCAGCCAUCAGACAAGUCUCACGCAGUGGAUCCAGCAACAGAGGGUGGAUGCCAGACGGAGCCCAAAGCCAACGGAGAAAAUGGAUGCGCGGAUGCUACUUUAGAGGACACCACAGCACACAAUCAUGAAGCGACUACCCAGAACGAUGUGAAGGACGAGGAGACCAACCAGGAGACCAUAGACUCUAGUGGCAAAUCUUGUCCAAAGGAUGGAAAGGUUCUCAAUCAAGAUGGGAAGUGUGAUACUGUCAAUGCGGUUGCCCAAAGCGAAAAAAAGGCGGGAAACGUGUGACGCCACACAAAGAGGAUUAGAUCUGCAUGGAUUCGUUCAGCGAGGAGCUUUGCCCCCCUUCCCCCCAAAAUAUGGAGUAAUCACAUGAUUCACCAUGGUGAGAGAUGCAAUCCACAUAGUUAAAAAAAAUCUUGAAAGCAAUAAUUCAGAUUCAUCAAUCAGUGCAGUCUUUGCUACCAUUCCAUCAUUGUAAAUGUUUUGCCUGUCUACUAGUGAGAUUUUAUAUCGUCAUAAAUGACAUUCCUUUGAAAUGUUAAUCUCGGUGAUCACAAAGUACCAUGAUCACGAAGACUGUUAGUUUUAUAUUAAUUGCCAUUCUGUUUGUAGCUUUCCUUUUACUAGAUAUGUCAAUGUGACACAUUUGAAAUAACAGCCCGUCAGAUUGCCCCUGUUCAAUUGUGAAUUCAAUAUGGAAUGUGCGCUAAUCUAUGUGUUUUUGUUUUUAGACAGUUAUCUUGUGUACAUGAAUAAACAUUAAACAAUUCUC